AAAAAAACCAUCUCAUGUAUUCGUUAGCUACCGAGGAAACACCACCAGUAAAUUCUAGCAGGCGAUUUCAACCUCAAAAUGGGAAAAAUAGUCAGCUGUCCAUUAGUUUAUUUGUUGCUGGUUCUAAUUUUCAUUUUUAACAAAACAUCAUUCAUUUAUUCUUCACCUUUCAACGUGUCAGGAUUUGAAGCAGAUGCUGACUCAUCGAAACUCUUAAUCAGUUAUCCAACGGUCUUCGCUAUUUUUGAUGGCGUUUUAAAAGGAAUAGAAGAUUUGGCAGUAGCGGCAGCCGCUGGUAAUAAAAGGAAUAUAAAUAACAGAAGUAAAAGGACACCAUUUGAGAAUUAUUUUGAUUUCCCCAACUCUUGUUCCUUGACGGAAAACGAGCUUGAAAAAAUUACUAAUUUAAUUACCAAAUUUUAUGAUGAGAAAGAUAAUCAGUCAACGUGUGAAGCUAAACCGACUGAAGUGUUUGUUAUCAACUCAGUUGGUUCAUCCAAUCGCUGCAACCAGCUGAUUGAAUCUAUCAUUAGGAAUGCAAAAGAUGUAAAAAUCGCCAUCAAUUGUCUUUUAAAGAAAAGUGCAGAGUCCUACGACAUUCGUUACGAAAAGCUGAGAGCGACUUACAAACAAGAAAUAUCUAAAUUGCAACAAAAACUGGACAACGCCGAAAAGCGAUUUGAAAACAAUUUCAAAAAGAAGAUUAACGAUUUGAACGAACGUGUUCAAGAGCUGGAAAAAACUUUGUGGGGAAUAUUGAAAGAAUUAGAGAACGAGCGCUCCAAAGUCCGAAUUUUGAGUUUGAAAUUGAUUCAAGAGUAUUUGGAAAACGGCAAAAUCCAUUUGGCGUCGGAAACGUUCAAAAGUAAUUUGAUGGGACUCGACAGAAACAAUAUCAUUACCAUAACUACGAACGCCACUAACAUCUCAAUGAGAAACGUUAUCGAAUUUACGUCCGGAUUGAAAGACGACGUUGACGCAAUGGUCAGUGGUGUCAUUAACCUUUUCCAUGAGUUGGAAAAAAGAAAGAGUCUUGAUCGAAACACUGCACGUCUUUUACAAGAAAAAGUUGAUGACAUCAUUCAAUAUUGCCGAGAUCUAGAUGGGACGGACUUACAGGAAACGAAAUUGAAGUUGGACAGAAAUGUAACUGACGGACUCAUUUUGGUUUACAAUAAUCUCCAUUUCAUUAAGAAUAAUCCAUCAUUUUAUCUGUAAAGGACUAAAGGUAUUAUUGCACCGAACGAAAAAUGCACUUCUCCCACAAUGA